ACCGACCCAUAAAAAUUAUAAAUUUACGCUACACGUCAAUCGGAUUCGCGCUGCAGUAAAAAAAACUUCCAAUUCUCUCUCGAUUUGAAGAUUCCUAUACCUAAUUUUUGAUGCCUAAUGAUUCCCACCGCUCCACUUUCUUCGGAUCCGAGUCCCUCUUCGACCCUUACCUACCAUAGAAGGGCCCCCAAUUGCUUUCUAUUUGUUGCUCCGUUCCCAACAACUUGUCUCCGUGUUCGUUGUUGUUGAUUUUCUUUCACCUACUCUCUUUCUCAGAAGUUUUGUGUAGUCUGCGAUGGAUCUGAAGCUUCUGAAUGCGCCAUCUACGUUCGCCAAACCGUCGGCGAUCGGAGAUCGGAGGAUCACCGCCCCCUUUUCGGCUCUGAAGCCGAAAAAGCCCUUUUUUGGGUCGUUUCUUCAGGCAUCGCCGGAGAAAAAGCUCCAUUCAAUCCAAAGCGCGCUUUCGGGUUCGAGGGAGAGGACGGAUAUAAGCAAAAGCUUAACCUUGGAAAGUGUUAGGCACUCUUUAGUAAGGCAGGAGGAUAGCAUAAUAUUUGCUCUUUUGGAACGAGCAAAGUAUUGUUACAAUGCUGACACAUAUGAUCGUAGUAUGUUCUCAAUGAAUGGAUUUCAUGGUUCUUUAAUUGAGUACAUGGUUAAAGAAACAGAAAGGCUUCACGCAAAGGUUGGAAGAUACAAGAGUCCUGAUGAACAUCCUUUUUUUCCAGAGUAUUUAUCUGAGCCAAUGCUUCCUCCUAUGCAGUAUCCAAGGGUCUUGCAUUUUGCUGCAGAUUCGAUAAAUAUAAACAAGAUAGUAUGGCAAAUGUACUUCGACGAUCUGCUACCCAAUAUGGUCAAAAGUGGAAGCGAUGGAAAUUGUGGAUCGAGUUCUGUUUGUGACACAAUUUGCUUGCAGUCUCUAUCCAAGAGAAUCCAUUAUGGAAAGUUUGUGGCUGAGGCAAAGUUUCAGGAGAGCCCUGGAAAGUUCCAUGCUGCCAUAAAAGCCCAGGACCGAGAACAAAUAUUGUCUUUGUUGACAUACGAACUGGUGGAGACUGUGGUCAAGCGGAGGGUAGAAACAAAGGCCAAAAUUUUUGCGCAGGAGGUGACCGUUAGCUCUGCUGAAAGACAGGACCCACCACAAUUUAAAAUCAGGCCUGGCUUUGUUGCUGAACUCUAUGACAAGUGGAUUAUGCCCCUCACAAAGGAAGUGCAGGUGGAGUAUUUGCUGAGAAGGUUAGACUGAGGAAUUAAUUGUUCAUAAAAAUAGAUACAGAAGAUUGAAAAAGAUAGAUCUGAGGGAACUUAUUUUGCUUUUUGGAAAGAAAAUAUUCUGGGUUUCUUUGGUAGGUUGUGAAAGAGGUGUUACAAGUUAUAUAUAUUAUUGUAGGUGGUCUUUCUCUUAUAAACUAAAUUUGAUAAGGUUGUUUGUCAUGAAAUAUAUAAGUUAGGCUCCAUCAGAGGUCUUUUGAGACUGCUUUAUGCCUGUAUUUUUUUUUUUGGGUGCCUGGAAAGGCUUAUUAUAUUGUAAACCCUAAGCAUAUCAGUCCUAA